GAUUUUCGGCCUUUAUAAACCAGCAUCACCCCUCCCCUAAUCCUCGACCUCACCAUCGUCGGCCGGACCUCCACGGACCGCAUACGCGCGACACGAGCACACGACCACGCAAUACGCAGCAGCAGCAGCAGCUACCCAGCAGAUCGAUCCGACCGACGGAGGAAGAAGAUAAAAGGGCAGAAGAGAAGGGGUGUGUGUGGAAAAGGCGAGUAAAGACUCCAGCUUUCUCCCCGUUUGACCUCGCCCUGCUCACCGCGAAGGCUCGCCCCCCUCCCUCUUCCCUCCCCGCCGCCGUCACCGGCGGCAGGCAGCAAUGGCGGCCGCUUCGGAGGAGGCCAUCAAGCAGUUCUCCGCGCUGAUGGAGCUGCUGGAUGAGCCGCUCAAGACCACAUUCCAGCAUGUCCAUCAAGGAUACGCAAGAGGAACUCUGGUGCGUUUUCUAAAGGCCAGAGAAUGGAAUGUUCCGAAAGCACAUAAAAUGUUAAUGGAUUGCUUAAAUUGGAGGAUACAAAAUGGGAUUGACAGCGUUCUGGCUAAACCUAUAGUCCCUUCUGAUUUAUACAGAACUAUUCGGGAUACGCUGCUGGUUGGAUUGACAGGAUACUCCAAGCAGGGACAACCUGUCUAUGCAUUCGGUGUUGGGCUCAGUACCCUUGACAAGGCAUCGGUGCACUAUUAUGUGCAAUCACACAUACAGAUGAAUGAAUAUCGAGAUCGUGUUGUACUGCCGAAAGCCUCUAAGAUGUUCGGGAAACAGAUUAACACUUGCCUAAAGGUUAUGGAUAUGACGGGGCUGAAGCUUUCUGCCUUGAACCAAAUAAAGAUGUUAUCUACGAUAACAGCCAUCGAUGACCUUAACUAUCCUGAGAAAACAGAGACCUAUUUCAUUGUCAAUGCUCCAUAUGUUUUUUCAGCAUGUUGGAAGGUUGUGAAGCCUCUUCUACAAGAAAGAACAAAAAGGAAAAUUAAAGUCCUGUACGGCUCAGGAAGAGAUGAAUUACUAAAGGUUAUGGACUAUGAGGCACUCCCAAACUUUUGCAAGCGAGAAGGAUCAGGCUCGUCGAAUGAUUCGUCGGAUGGAGUUGAUUGCUACUCCUAUGAUCACCCUUUUCACCAGGAGCUGUAUAAUUACAUCAAACAGCAAGCCCUGAAUGAAGACUUCAUCGGUCCCAUAAAGCAAGGCUCAAUGCAUGUGGAUGUGCCCACACCUGAUCUGGAAGAGGCCAAGAUCAUGGAGACGAUCGAAUCGGAGCUCCACAAAUUCAGUGGAGCUAAUGGCCUCUCGCAUUCAUUCAACAAGAUCAAGAUUGAAGGUCCGUGAUGUUGCCCGUGAUCAUAUCUCGUGACGGAGACGACGAUCUGCGGAGAUAUUAUGCUUAUCCAUCUCCAGCCCCAGGGAACCUACGGUGGGGUUAUAGCACUCCUUGCUUGCAAUCUCUAGCUGCAGGCUUGACUAGGAUCCACGAGUAGAAAGAGGUUAGUAAUUGUGAUGCGAUUCUAAUAACCGAAUCCGUAUUAUCUGAAAGUGUAGCCAGUUCUUUUUCUAAUUAACCUAGCGACUGUAUCAUCUGCGACACGUUACUAUUUCAGUGCUUAUGGCAACUGGGAAGGAAAUGUGAUGUUUCCAGUCCUUCCGAGUAAGUUGCUGCCCUAAAUAUAUAUGUAACAGUGUAUGUAUAGCCUCUAGCUGCCUUUUGAUUGCAGUGGUAUAUAUCAAGUGCUGUACUCACUGCUAAGAAUGAAUCA